GUAGCGGUCAGCUCGUCUGGGUGGAGUGAAGUUUACUACAACAAAUUAGCCAACAGAGGACUGACUGCGGUGUUAUGGCUGAGUGAAAAAUAGCGAGAAGUGGGGAAAAACAUCUUUAAAUCAGAGACUUCUCCAGGAAAGAGGCGCAGAAAGAAAGCGGUGUUAUAGACAGCGAGCUGAGAUGAGUGAUGUGAGUGAAGAGUCGCUGCUGGAUUAUUUCUACUCCACCGGAGGCAGCUCAGGCAGAGUCAAAAAUGCAGAUAUACUGAAGACAUUUAAGCCCUUUAUUGGCCACAGUGACUUGCAGUUACGUGCUAAAUACAGAGAGGAAUUCAAGCUCAUCAUUGACCGAAUCGCUGUGGUGAAGUCAGAGAAUGGUGAGAAGUAUCUUGUCCUAAAGAAGAAAUACAGACAAAUGCUGCAUGAGCGAGACACCAAAAAUCCCGGGACAGACGGUGACGGACAGAGAUGUCCGAGCCCAGCCAGAACUCCGGCCACUGUACAGUGGGACACAACGGACGCCUCGACUUCCUCUCCUCCACAGAAGGAACGACAGGACGAGCCGAUGUCAUGUGGAGAGCCUGACGGUGCUGCAGAGGACCAGCAGAUCAAUCAGAACGCUCUCCUGCAGCCUCCUGCUGUCCAAACCCAGGAGCCCUCGGCACAAAGCAACGGGGACGAUGAGCUGGACAAAGAUUCAGGGUCAAAGUCCGAGUCAGAGCAAGACGAGGAGUCUACGGGCAGUAUGGGCUCCGCUGCCGUCGCUCUGGAUCCUAUUGAGAAGGAGUGGAUCUACUCGGCUGCAGGUGCUCGAGUCCCUGACCUCUCUCAGCUGCUCAGACAGGACCCCUCGCUCGCAAACAAGAAGGACUUCACCUCAGGGUUUACAGCUCUGCACUGGGCCGCCAAACAUGGCAACGGGGACAUGGCGGCGUUGGUGGCUAACGCAGGCGCUGAUGUCAACACUAAAUCAAUUUAUUCCUGGUAUUCUUCUGUCUUGCAGCAUGGGGGAUACACGCCUUUACACAUCGCAGCGUUACACGGUCAUCGGCAUAUUCUGGACCUGCUCAUAGAGACAUACGGAGCCAAAGAAAACUUAAGAGACUACAGCGGCCAUCUUGCCUGCCAUUAUCUGAACAUCAAGGACGCGGAGGGUCCAGAGGAAGACUGCGAGCUGCAGUUUCAAGUCACUCAGGCCAGAGAGCGGAACAGAAACAGGAAGUUGGCGUCGCUGUUUCACUCCAAGAAGAAGUGGGGCUCAGCGGAGGAGCUGGCUCCGAUCGAGGAGGAGAGGAUGGCGUCACAUCAGCUCGCCCUUCCCGCGUUCAGACCCCGAAAAUUCUCCCGCUGAGUAAAGACCGACACCGGGGACGAUUUCCGACUCUGCUAGUUCUCCCACACUCACACGUCCUCCUAAUCCUCACAUAUUCACACACGCACGAUGUAAAUGAUAAACUCUGAAGUGCUGCAGAUGAAGCUAUGCGUUAAUGUGUAUUAUCAAUAUUUAUGCUCACCACAAAAGUAUUUCUUGAAGCCUUUAAAUUUUGAUGAAUGUUGCUAAAUGUUGCCUUACAGUUUCAGACACUCAGGCCACAUGGAGUCUUUAAAGUCAUCGUCUUAGUUUGUGUUUUAAUUCCUGGAAUAACGGGAUAAAGAUAUUCUGUAUUAAAAUUAUCAGACUCGUCCUUUAAAA